AUGACAUUUGAACAAGCCCGCAAAACCAUUGGCCAACUGCAAACUGCUAGUCACUUAGAACUCCCAGUCAAACCAGAGGAGAUUCCAAUAGACAUAGCUAAAAUUAUACCUUUCGCUUUACCCCUUGAAGAUAACACUCGAACGGCAGCGAUAGUUAAGGCAUUGAGACUCAUCUUCAAUUUCAGUCAAUUACCUGAUUCAUACUUUGUAACGGUUCAAAUUGCCCUACCACACAACCCAAAUGAACUAAAAGAAAAGCUUCCCUCACCAUACUUCGAUCUACCUCCAGAAAAAAUUGACCUUCCUUCCACCCCCAAGCAUUACAUGCAGAAUUUAGGCACUUGUUUCUUUGCAAACCAAAAAAUGAAAGCGAAUUCAAAAGCUUAG